UAACAAAGAAAGAAGAUAUUCAUUGAAAUGAAAAGAUCUGACUUUAGCAGACGACAUGAAGACUGAUGUGUGGACAUAAAAUGGGUAACAACAACCAGAAACAUUCGCUAAGAAAAGCGCAGUCAGUCCCUGACACACAGACAUUGGAUGUUAAUUCUGAGUUUAGUCGUGGUGGAAAGGCGAGCAACUGGAAACUGUUUAAAGGGAAAUCUACCACACAAAUAGACAGAGUAGAUACAACAGACUCAGCAGAAAAGUCACAGCAACCCCAACUCUCUGUUCCUUUAGUGGAAGCUCUUUUCUUACCAGACUUUCCUGUAAGAACAAAGGACUCAGAUUUUGAUUCAAUUCUCGGGGAUCAUCCUUUCAUUGUGAAAUGUCAUGAAUAUUGGCAAUCCAGAAAACACCUGUACAUAGUAUUAGAAUACAUUCCCUUUGGUGAUAUGUUUACUUUAUGGACAUUUCAUGGAUUCUUUCCUGAGAAGGUUGUUAAAAUUUAUGUUGCUGAACUUGCUAUGGUGUUAGAUUAUUUACAUAAGUCAGGGGUUAUUUACAGGGAUAUGAAGAUGGAGAAUUUACUAUUUGACAUGAAUGGUCAUCUGCAGCUAACAGAUUUUGGUCUAGCUAAGUGGUUAGCCCGAGGGGAGAAAACCAGAACAGUUUGUGGCACUCUACAAUAUAUGGCACCUGAAGUAUUAGCUGUGUAUCCAUAUGGUCAUACUGCUGACUGGUGGUCACUGGGUAUACUCAUGUAUGCUAUGUUAGUCGGAAAGUAUCCAGUUGAUGGGGCGAAAGAUCAUAUAGAGAUGGCAAAGCUAGUGCUAGAUUCCGACUAUCUUUGUCCUAAUAUUGUAUCUGAUGAUGCUCAAGAUAUUGUAAAUAAAUUAUUAAUGAAGAGUCCCCAGAAACGUCUAGUAGAUUUGUAUUCUCUGCAAAACAUGAAGCUGUUUAGAUAUCUCAAUUUUACAGAUCUCAUAGAGAGGAAGAUUAAUCCAAGUACAGUAGUUCCUCCAGACUUCUUCCCUAUGACAGGUACCAGCUAUAGUUAUGCACCAGGAUCUACUCAUUCUAAUGACAGCUUUCAAGAUUUUGACUGUGUAUGGAACUUACCAAACGGAACAGAUAAACCAGUCUAUGUUUGAUGUUGAUCAUCAUACAUUAUUCUACUGAACAUUUUGUCUCACCAAGGGCCACAACUCUUACACUGCCACUGUGCAGAUAAUGUGUGUUUUCUACUAGAUCUGUGAUUUCCGACAGUUUUGGGAUGUAUUUAUCUAGAUAUUAGCUGCGACAUGAAGAAUGAGUUUACAAACAAACUUCUGUUGAUCAGAAUACAAAAGUAUGAUAUGGGUAUACAUGUAUUUAUAGUCUGGUACAGAAUGUGUUUUGUUUUAGAUUAUUGAACGUAGUAGACACACGUAACUUUCAUAAGUGAAGGAAAAUGAUAUUACGACUGUUGGGGAAAAUGACCUCACUUCCUGCAAUGUAUUGUGGUAGGUGAUGACAGCACUUCCUGUAAUGUAGUGUGGGAGUCAGUGACAUCACUUCCUGUCAUGUAUUUUGGGAGUCAAUGACAACACUUUCUAUCAUGAAUUGUUGAAGUUAAUGACUACUUCCUGUAAUGUAUAGUGGAGUUCAUGGCAUUAUUUCCUGUAUGGUAUUGUGGAAGUCAAUGACAUCACUUCCUGUAUGGUAUUGUGGAAGUCAAUGACAUCACUUCCUGCAAUGUAUUGUGGGAGUCAAUGACAUUACUCCUAGUAAGGUAUUGUAGGGGAAAUGACAUCACUUUACAGCAAAAAAUAUUUUGGAGACCAUGACAAUUUACAAUUUUAUGACAUUGAAGCAGUCUGUAGUUUAUGUUGGAAAGAGAGAAAAAAUAGCAUUAAUUCAUGAGAUGUUUGUCUUACCAGUUUCUUCUAUUUUAGUUUAUAGAUCCAUUUUAUCACAUAAUCAUCUAAAAAAACUUAUGCUUGUCUGUACUUUACAUGGUUACUUUUAUGGAGGGGGGGGGGGGAAGAGGAAAUAUUACAACUCUUAAGUAUAUUCAUUUUUAGAAACUAUUUGAAAAACGUUUAUUCUUCUUGUAGCCUCAUAGGUAUCUAAACAUGAUCUAUUCAGAGUAAAAUCAAGGAAGUAAUGGCUAAACUAUAUAUUCUGUAAACGUAAUCAGGGAGUUCUGGCUGCAUGCUGCUGCAACAUAACUUUAUGUCCGAGUUUAAAUUGAAAAAUUCUGUAGAUGAUUACUAGAGAUUUCUAAAAUAUUUUGUGACAUCCUCGCCUGAUACCUCAUCUACCAAAACAAAUAUAUGAAAUUUAAUUAUUUAUGUAUGUAAUAGCUCAAAACCAUUGUUAUACAUGUAUAUGUCAAAUUACACCAAAUAUACUGUUAGACAUGUAUUAGUUAUAUAGAUUUUUGACUGGUUAUAUGGCAUAUUAUAAAUGAUUGUAAACUUAUAUUACCAAAAUCAUAAGGUUUGGGUUAUAUUGCAAACAUAUGUUUAUACAUGGCCAUAAAAACAUGUCAAAAGUCUUUGUAACAAAUUCUUAACACUGCAUAAUUGCUUUAUUUGAUUAAAAUCAAAAUUAAUUCAUAAAUAUGCAAUACCUGUGUAUAGAGAUUAUAUAAAUGUCACAAUUGUCCAAUGAAAAUGAAUGUUACAUAUAUGUGAAGUAUUGUAAGCUGUGUAGUUUGUACAUGUAAAAGUGAACACAGUUCUGUAUUCAUAUACAUGAAGUCACGCUCGGUUGUGUAAUACUACACACAGUGAUAUUAUGUCAAACAUAUUUUGAAUACACAUGCAUAUAACAUAUUUUCUAUGCUGCCACAGUGAGUAAGGAGUAUUUUAUCACGUCUAUUUUUAUGUUAGCAGAAUCAUCCUGUCAUUGUAUAUUUAACCACAUACUUUGUCUAACUAUCUAAUUAUCCCCAACAGAUGGAAUCGGGAGGGGGAUAUAGUUUUGGUGUUUUCCGUCCGUCAAUCCGUCCGUCCAAAUUUUGUUUCCGGAGUAGUUCUCUGCAACUAUUGGCUGGAAUUCAACGAAACUUUAUGGGAAUCAUCAAUAUCAAGAGGAGAUGGGCAUAUCGUCGGCUUGUUCCGGUCAGACACUUUAACUCAGAGUUAAGGCCCUUGAUUAGUUAUGCAGUAUGCAUAUAGAGUAAAAAUCGUUUCCGUGCUACUUCUCUGUAACUACUGGCUGGAAUUCAAUGAAACUUUAUGGGAUACUAAGAGGAGAUGUGCAUAUAGUCGCCUUGUUCCAGUCAGAUACUUAUAACUCAGAUUUAUGGCCCUUGAUUAGUUAUGUAGUAUGCAUACAUCUCAUUGGCAUUUCCAGAUAUUACUAUUUAACACAAAGUUAUGGCUCUGUUAUUUCCCUGAAUAUUUAUCAGGUUCAAAGAAUAUUACUGUUUAUGCCAUGAUUAAUAUAUAAAUAAAGCCGUAUGUCUUCAGUUGUUGUGUUAAUAAUAACCAGUACUUGGCAGGGGAUAUAAAUUCAACGAAUUUGCUUGUUAAAACUAUUACAUUGUAAAAAUCGUUUUAAUUUUAAGAGCAUAUUACACAAUGGGGAGCAGUUAAGUAUGAUAUUUGUCAAAAUAUAGAUUUUAUUAUUUACCUAUGAGUGAAGUGGGUCAUAAAUAUCCUUUGAAUGUAGAAUCAUAAUUUACAUAUGUAUAAAGAGUAAUAAUUUACAUAUGAAUGUAGGGGCUUAAUUUCCGUAUGAGUGAAUGGUCAUUAUUUACCUAUGAUUGAAAGUCAUUGUUUACCUAUGAGUGAAGGUUGUUAGUUAUGAGCAAACACUAUUUUUUACCUAUGAGUAAAGGGCCAUUAUUUACCUAUGUGUGAAGCACAUUUACUUAUGAGUGAAGGGUCAUUAUGAGUGAAAGGCCAGUAUUAACCUAUGAGUGAAAAGCCAUUAUUUACUUAUGAGUGAAGGGCCAUUAUUUAUUUAUGAGUAAAGGGCCAUUAUUAACCUUUGAGUGAAGGAUUAUUAUUUACCUAUGAGUGAUAGGUCAGUCGUUCUAUGUUACUAGAAAUAUAAAGUUGUCAUAUUGAUACCUCAGCAAGAUAGGGUUAUCUUUUACGUUACACAAAGGAAUCUUUAUUUUAUGAAUGCUAAACAGAAGUGGAGAUAUAUCCAUAAAGAGUUUAUUUCUUUUCAUGCAAUUUGUUGUUGAUUGUUUUUGUCUCGUAUACAAUUAUUCAGAAUUAUAAACACCAAGUUUAGCUUCAAGUGUGCUAUUGUUAAAUAUUGCACUGUUAAGGGUUAGGUGUAAUGUGAUGAACUGAAUUACAAAUCAUCUAGCCAUCUGAAAUGAUGCAAUAUCAAACCAUAAUACAUUAGAAAUUAAGAUGUUUAUCUCUUACACAGUACUAGAUUAAAGGGAUAACUGUUGAACUAUAAUCAGUGAAUUUGUGAAUAUUUAUAUGAAUAUGGUCUUGUAAUGUAUUGACUAUUGACAUAUAAUAAGUCAAUAUGUCUAUAUGAGCCAUGAUAUAAUGAUUAGUAUAGCCAUGAUUAGUAUAUCAUUGACAGGUCAUCUGCAUACUGUUGUACCAUGGUCAUGUUAACGGAACUGUAUACUGGAAUACCAUGGUCAUGUUAACUGAAUACUGGUAUGCUAUGGGCAGGUGACCUGCAUACAUAUAUACCAUGGGAAUGUUAACUGAAUACUGGUAUAAUAUGGACAGAUGACCUGCAUACAAUGUUUACUGAAUAUUGGUAUAAUAUGGUCAUAUUAACUGAAUACUUGUAUACCAUGGACAAGUUUACAUAAUACUGGUAUAAUUCUUAUCAUAUGUUGUGUCAUGAGUUUACAAAAAAAUACAAACUAUUGUGUAAAAUGUUGAAUUAUGAAUGUAUAUGUGCCAUACAUCAUGUGUUGUGGUUAUAUGUGUUAAAACAAACCCUUAACCUGCUGGAUUCAUGUAUUGGAUUUGCCUUGCUUUUGAGUUUGGAACAGUCCAUUCAAGCGUAAAGGCAUUUCAGGAUUAGACACUGCAUAUUGGCAUGACCCUUUACCAAGGUUUACACUGGCCAGUUUUAUUUUUCUGCCACUGGUGGCAAAGGCUAAUAUAUCUACUGGAUGUAACAGGUUAUUGGUUGAAGUUAGUUUGUAUUUAACUACUAAUGUACUGUGAAAAUAUUGUAUAACUUUCAGUGCAUGGGUUCUAAGUAUUCUAAGCUUUAAUUAUUUUUUUUUAACUUGUUUUGACUUUUGUCUACAUAUAAUAUCAAUUUCUUGUGUUUGUGUUAAAACUGAAUUUUUGUAACAUUAAAUUAUGAUUAUUUUAUAUAUAACAAUAAAUAAUGUUUUGAUAAUUUAAACAUAAUUGAUUUGUGCAAAUUUCUUGUAAAUUUCAUCAAUUGAUCAAACCAAACAGUUGUAAAAUAUGGCUAAAAAUGUAAAUUUGGAAUUGUGCCAAUUUCUAAUAUUGUCAGAGUACAUAAUGGCUCAGGUUGUGUGCACAUAUGGAGAUUUUUUUUUCCUUUUGUAAAACUUUUCAAAGGAUUGUUCUUUAGAAACUUAAUGGUUGUGUGCUACUGCCUUAAUAUUAAACAGUGAUUUUAGUUAAUAUGUUUACACUAAUGAAUACUAAUUUUAUAUAGUCAGUUAGGAAGUAUACAUUUGAGCUAACAAAAUUGGUUGAUUUUAUUUUACGUUGGGUUACAUAUCUUGCCAUAUAUUCUAAAAAUCUUGUUUGUUACGUUAUAUAGAUAACUCUGAUUCUUUUGAAUUGUUUGUGUUUUUUAACAUGGAGAUCUUGUCUUUCUGUUGCGAGGUAUAUGCAGUCACUUGAAAUACAAUCAACUUUGUGAACAAGAAACAUAAAGAAUGAGCUUAGUAAAUAUUUAAAGAAGAAAUUUUUCAGUGAUUUCUUAACAUGUGACCUCUAAUUCUGGACUGUCAUCUGAAAUCAGUCUAAUUUUUCUUUCAUCUUAUUUUUGAUAAAAAACAGUUAAAAGGUCCAAUUGAAGGAAGGUGGUCCUGUUAAUCACAGUUUUAUGUUUAACACACCUGUGGACAUAUCAAAACGUUUCAUGCUACCAUAUUAUAGUUACAUCAACCUUUGUUGUCUACAAACAGUCUCAAUCAAAACAAACCUGCAAUAUUUUCAUUUUUGCCAUAUUUGGUGUGACCUUCAAUGGUUCAAUUUUCAGUGUUAUGUUAAAACUUUAGAGGUUAUUAACUUUAGUGUACAUGUAGUUUGUACAUAGAAAUAUUUACUUUCUUAGUGACUUCACUGUACAUGUUUAGUUUAAGUAACAGUUACCUUUUGACAGGAUUUGUCUCCCUUAUAUUGUGCAUAAUUGUUUUUUUUUAUAUUUUGUAUAUCAUUAUUUUCACUGAUAUUUCAUGUUACAGUAUAUCUUAUUUAACUCUUUGUUUUUGUUCUUGGUUGUGCAAAAUUGUAUCAGGGAAGGUAACUUAUUACACUAACCAUUGUUGUCUCCCUUGAAAUUUAAAAAAGGAGUGACACAUUGUUGUUUCCCUUUAAAUUUAAUAAAGGAGAGACUUUAAAAAAACAAACUAUAACAGAUUUGAUUCUUAAUUAUACAUUCCGUUUUCGCUCGACUAUUCAAAGGAUAGGGAAAGCUGUUGCACUCACUCAGGCAUCACCGUCACUCUUUGGUUAAGUUUUUGCAUGCAAGUUGGUAUCUGCCAAAGUACUGAAAGGAACGAAUGGGUUGAAACUUCAAACACUUAUUUGAGAGCAUAAUAGAAGGUCAUUGUUUAAAGCCCAUUACUUUAACAUAGAUUCUGACAGAAUUAUGGCCUUUUCUGAGCUUAAAAAAUAUAGGCUAUUGUUUUACUAUAGAGCACUGAGAAUAGUCGAGCACAAUGUCCUACUAACAGAUCUUGUUGAGUAGAGAACUUGUAUACCUUAUUGUUUAAUUCUUUUUUUGUUGUAUGAUUUGUAUGAUUUAUUGACUAGCUUUGACAGUAAUUUAUUAUCCAUAAUAGAAAUACAUAAAGGAGCCAUUUUGGAAACUUUUAAUUUUAAAGUAGAACAGAAAAAAGGCAUUAACACUUGUUUGAAGUUUAGCACAUUUUCAUUAAUUAUUUUACUUUAUCUGAGUAUGUGUAAUUUUAAUAAUAUAGAAAGAUUGUAUGUAUGUUUUAGUUAGCUUUCAAUUAAAUAUAAACAUCACUGGCCAAUUGAUGAUCUCAUGUAAAGUCAUUUAACCUUUAACCUAUUGAAUUUGUGAAAUGGAUUUACCCCAGCUUUUGAAUUUGGAACAGUUUAUUUGUAGUGUAAGGGAUAACUAUAUCAAAAUACAGGAAAGGAGCUAAGAACCAAUAUAGAGCCUGGUCAGACUGCAUGGAUGUACAGGCUGGCCUGGCUAUAUACUGGUAGGCAGGGCUUAUCAGUUUUCCUUUCCCAGCAGGUUAAAGGUUAUGACAUAAAAAUGAGCCCAUUUCAGUACAUUUUUAUUGUUUAUAGUUGUGGCCUAAUAUGUUGAUUGGAAAGUUUUAGAAAAUGUAGGCAAGUUCUGGCGGUGGUUUCAUGAAAAUAUUGAUGUAACUUUGUAAUGUGUCUAUUAAUAGCACAGUCAUUAUUAUAUAUAAAACAAUUUAAGGAUACAUGUCUUGAAAAGCAAAAAAAAUGUAUGCACAUAUCAAAUUCAAGGUCUGUGACCCACAAUUUUUCGCUUAAAAUGUGUCUGUUGUCAUAGAAUAUGAUAUUUUAAGAUAAAUUCUAUCAUAAAGUUUUUGAUCAGUCUACUAUAUGUCUAAAUUAAAACUGUAGCCUACACAUAUAAAUUUCAUCAGAAAUUAAUGUGCUGUAUAAAAUUAUCUAUAAAAGUAUAAUAAGUAUGGAAACUACAUGGAAUAACAUGGAAAUAAAAAAAGAUUUAUCUAAAGUGAGAAAUAUUUAACUGCGAUUUUCACCUCAAUAAUUUAAGCUACUGAAGUCAUGUAUGGUGUUUAAAAUAGUUACUCAAUUGUUGCAUGAAACCAUGGCCUGUUCUGCCUGUGUUGUGUAUUUUAAGUUGUGUAACAUUAUGUUUUAUAUGUGAAAGUAACUAACACUUUACACAGUGCUUCACUAUAUGCAGGGCUAAAGAUGCAUUUAUUUCUAACUGUUGAUUUGUGUAUACAUGUACAUUUUUUUUGUUAUAAUUAUUGUACAGUAGAUUAUUUACUAUAACCCGAAGGUGAUAUUUUGUAUGAUUUUUUUUUUUUUGGAAUAAAGUAUAGGAAAACUUGUA